AUGGUAUCUGUGCUUCCUGCAGGGCAAGGCCAGAAAACCAUGCAGUCAUCAGGGCACAGAUUCCGCGAUGUCGAGCACCACCCGCUUCUGGCUGAAAAUGACAGCUACGACUCCUCUUCCUCGGAGGCCGACAUGGCAGAGAGGGUUUGGUUCAUCCGAGAUGGCUGUGGUAUGGUCUGUGCUAUCAUGACGUGGCUUCUGGUUGUCUAUGCAGACUUCGUAGUGACUUUUGUCAUGUUGCUGCCUUCCAAAGACUUUUGGUACUCUGUGAUCAACGGGGUUCUCUUUAACUGCCUGGCAGUGCUAGCGUUGUCAUCGCAUCUGAGAACUAUGCUGACUGAUCCAGGGGCCGUACCCAAAGGAAAUGCCACUAAAGAAUACAUGGAUAAUUUGCAACUGAAACCAGGAGAAGUGAUCUACAAAUGUCCAAAGUGCUGUAGUAUCAAACCUGAACGUGCACACCACUGCAGUAUUUGCAAACGAUGUAUUCGAAAGAUGGAUCACCACUGUCCAUGGGUGAAUAAUUGCGUGGGGGAGAAAAAUCAGAGAUUUUUUGUUCUGUUUACGAUGUAUAUAGCCCUAAUUUCAGCUCAUGCGCUCAUACUGUGUGGGUUUCAGUUUUUCUCCUGUGUCCGAGGGCAGUGGACUGAAUGCAGUGACUUCUCCCCACCUGUAACUGUGAUCCUGAUGAUCUUCUUGUGCCUUGAGGGUUUUCUGUUUCUCACUUUCACUGCAGUUAUGUUUGGCACCCAAAUCCACUCAAUAUGCAAUGACGAAACGGAGAUUGAAAGACUGAAGAGUGAAAAGCCAACGUGGGAGCGGAGACUGCGUUGGGAAGGAAUGAAAUCUGUCUUUGGGGGUCAGCCUUCCCUCCUGUGGAUCAAUCCUUUUGCAGGAUUUCGAAUCAGGCGACUUCUACUCAGAGCAAAGAAAGGAGGACCCGAGUUUUCUGUUUGAGUCUAAUUAUGCUGGAACUUGCAAGAAUACUAUAUAAUAUUUAUUUGGGGCCAGAAAAGGCUGUCAACAUAUAAUCUGUGACCAGGUGAAACUGAUAUCAGACAUUUGCUUGUAGCAAGCAGAGUUUUAUACGUUUAUCGUCACAGACAUCUCAUUAACUUUCAGAGACGUGAACUGGAUCUGUAAUGGUCUUAACGGCAAGAUAACGAAGGAAAAGCACGUGGUCACACUAAAGAAGCCAAAUGUUGUCAUGCUACUGUAAUUUAUUUUCUGAGAUUAAUUAUCCAUUUUUGUUAAACCCUUUUUAUUUGAUAAAUGUUUGGGGAAUUACCUGUGUGUUUUUAUAAAAAGUAUAUACUUUAGGUGCAGUUGUCAAUCAUGAGGAGGAGCAUUAUGGUGGAAGUUGAUCUCGAAUGAGACCUAGCCUUCUAAAUCCAGUUUUCAGGGAAUAGUGGUUUGUUCAGUUUUUAAUUUAUAUUUCAGCUUGUCCUGAUAAGCAGAGCUGUACUCUUGUGUCCCACUUCAGGCACACAUUCCUCAUAUGCAAGCGAUUCAAAGGACUGGUGCACGCCACAGCGUAACACAUCAGAGGCACUGUUACACCCCUGCCAAAUGUCUUCCCAGGCUCACAAAAGCAUGUCUUGUCUUUGGCGGUAUUAAUCUCAUUUAGGUAAGUUCUAAAUCUUCAGUAAAAGACACUUUUAACCAACGGCUGUGGGCUGAAUUGUGCCCUCAGGUCAUGCAUCUCCAGUUCUUCAUGCAUUGAUUCUAGAGGAACUUCAGAGUAGGUGUGUGAGGGCUGUGUCUAGUCCUCUGUGCAGGGGUAGGUGGGACCAGUGACUGUAUCCUCCUGUGUGAGAUUAAAAUGAAUGUACUACAGAUUGGAGUAAAUGAACUGAAAACGGUUGUCUUUGUAAGGUUUUUCACUACCCCUUUUUCUGUUGUACAGACUUUUCAUAGAAGGAAAUCUGUGAACUUAAUGCU